ACUGAAGGGUAUACAAGUCUCUGUGGCUCUUGUCUGAACUGACUUGUGCUCUCUCACCCUGAACAUUUGUGUUAGAGCAAAUGUUGCCAUUUGUUGCAGCUGUGUUGACACGUUUACCCUUUGAAUGUGUUGCACUCAAACUGUAUUGCGAUGUUAGCAGGAUACAAAGUUUUCUGGACAUGUGUUAUAACCAAUUACUUAGUAUCAAAUGUCACAGCUGAUAUCUCUGUUCCCCAGGGAGAUGACAGCCUGUCUGGGAUAACCUGUGAAUCAGAUACAGAAAUGAAGUUAAAGAAGAAAAUUUUUCACAAGCCUCCAAAGUCACCAAAGUCUCCCUACAGCUCUAGCACACAAUUGUAUCCUAAAAAAGCUACUGCAGUUUGGAGAUCUCUGCAGGGAUCAGGCAGUACACAUCUUGAGACUGCAGCUCUAAAACACCCAAGGCAGAUGUGGCUGGGAUCACUGAAACAAGGAAUCAGCCAUUCCCUGAAAUCAGAUGUUGACAUGGGGCACGUGCGAGCUAACAUCUCUGGUAGCACUCCAGAAUAUUUGAAGGAAGCUCUAGGAAUGAAGAAGCCAAAACAUUCUCGUUCAUCUAGUAAUGGCUACAUUCCUGGAACUCCUGACUACAAAGAAAAAGAAGACAUGUAUGAUGAAAUUAUAGAGCUGAAAAAGACAAUACAAGCUCAGAAAAAUGAGGGAGAUCGAAUGAAAACCAAGCUCCGUCGACUAGAAGAAGAGAACAACAGAAAGGAUAAACAGAUUGAGCAACUGUUGGAUCCUUCCAGGGGCUCUGAGCUGGCACGAGCUUUGUCAGAAAAGAGGACUGAUAAUGGAUGGGUGGUUAGUGGAUUAAAGCAGAAGAUUCUUAAGCUAGAACAACAGUGCAAGGAGAAAGACAACACUAUUAACAAAUUCCAAGCUAACAUGAAGACCACUGACUUGGAAGAAGUGAGGAUGGCCAUGGAAACCUACUAUGAAGAGGUUCAUCGUCUCCAACUCCUCCUGGCAAAAUCUGAGACUAUGAGGAAAAAUACAGAGGGCAGAGAUACCCAAAAGCGACUAAAGGCUCUGAAUGCUGCUGUCCUGAGACUGUCCAGGAACAUCAAGGAGUUGCAGAAUGAGAAUCAGAGGCUGAAAGAAGAUCUAGAUCAUGUGCUGAGCAGUUCUCCUCCUUCCAGUAAAACAAAAAAUUAUAGUGAGUGGAGCAGACAGAGGCUGGUGAGGCGGAUUUCGGAACUAGAAAAAAAAGUAUGUGCCAUGGAGAACACCAGGGUGUCAUCAGCAGGUAGUGACUCCUCACAGUUACCUGCUGUGUCAUCACCUUCUGUGGACCUGGAUCAUCCAGCCUCUCAACAGGUUGACCAUGUUGAGGAAUGUCGUCAGCUCCAAAGGGUAGUGAAGAAACUGAAGAGUGAGAGGAAGGCACUUCAAAAUCUCCUACUUAACAAAGAAUUAGAUUUCAAGCAGUUGCUGCAGGCUAAGGCUGAAGUGGAGCUGGAGCUGCAGAAGUGGCAGAGUAAGAUGGAAGAAAAAAGUAGAGAAGAGCAGACUUCAAGUGAGGAAAUCCAGAACCUGACACAGCAUGUAGGGAAAUUGGAGUCAAAAUUGGACAAAGAGAAGAGAGAAACAGCAGAAGAUACAAUGGAAAAGCUUUGUAAGUCUUCACCAAUCUGCACAGUUAAAGGCAAAGAAGAUCACAGGAAGGAACAAGCAGCCAAAAUCAUCCAGAGACAGUGGAAGAUGUACCGAACCAAGAAAGCAGAAAUUGGUUUGGAUGAGGCAGUUGUUGUGCUUCAGGCAGCUUUCAGAGGACAUUUAACUCGACAGGAACUGUUACUGAGUAACAGGAGGCAUGAUGCAAGAUCUCACAACAAGAUGUCCUGCAUGUCUCCUGUGUCAAACUCCUUGAGCUCAUCUUCUGAUUGCACAGACAGAGAUGAGAUUGUGACCUUCAUCCAGUCCAUUUUCAGGGCUCACUUAGCUCGUACAGUCCUGCUUGAGGAGAGGCCCUCUGUGUCCAGUGCACCAAGUGAGAAAUCAGAUUCUACAGCUUACAUUACAGAAAAGAAACUGGUCUCAGCAGCACUCCAGAAACCUCCUUCAAUCUUCAUGUCAUCUCUUCCUGCCAGGUCUUCUGAGAAGCAAUGGCAGCCUCCUCUCCCUCUGUCUGUGGAUGAAGCUCACUCAGAUGAUUCAGAUGACAUUGUCAUUGUCUCUCCAUUGUUGCAGACGAAGAAAAACUACACCCACUUUUAAGUUUUGGUAACAGGCUCUGGUGAUCUUGAAUUAUUCAGUUGACAAAACUACUACCAAGAUAAAGCAUAUCAAACACGAAAUAAUGACAGUUGUCAUUAUUUCAGCCAUAAGUAAUUGUUUGGUGUGUUGUCUCUGCAAACUUUAUGGCUAAAAGCCACCGACAGUUGACGUUAUCCUCCUUGUACACAGAGACAGUUUGGAUUUAAAAACUAAAACUGAAACAAAACACUUCAGUGUUUCAUCUCACAAAGAGGAUUAUAAAUUCAAUUGUCAAAUUUAAUGAAAGCAAUAAAUCCUUAAGCUAUUUUGUAUCAGAGUUUUUCCAGGUAGAUAAUUUGUUUAAUCAGAAAGUGGUUAAUGACAUGGCUCCAAUUUUCAGCCUGUGUAUGUGAAGGGGAGCAGCCUUCAUUUGUUACCAGGUCCUCUCUAUUUAAAAACUUUACUGUGUUACAUUUUAUUAUUUUUUAUACUGAAUGUUUGAAGUCUGUGCAGAACUUAUAAAGGCUUUUAGAAAGCCAUUUCUUUGUAUUCUAGGCCUACUGUAUCAGCAGGGUUUUCUUAUUUAUUGCUUUCUCCACGUGUGCUUGCAAUGAUAUGUAUAGUUCUAGUCUGUAUUCAAAGUGUCCACUCACCUAAUCAGUUUUUUUGUAUUUGCCAGAGAAGGUGCAUAAUAGUAGGAGUGAUCUGUGGAGGAUACCCUUGUGACUGCUCUUUCUGCUUAGGUGUCACAAAUGAGUGGAUUAUGCAGGAUUAUCUCUAAUAACUUGACAUGGGCAGCACGUUGCUUUGUGGCUUGUUGUAGCUGAUGUCAUUUGACUGUUGAGACUUUCCCCUAAGUAGGUUGCUCACACACUGAGCACUAAGGACUUUGAAGUCUAAUGUUGCUUGCUGUUGCUCUCUUCUUAGUGCUACCUUUGCAUGUGCACACGUUUUGGUUUUAUAUAUAUGUGUGCAUGUGUGUACACUGAGUGCACAGGAAGUCCAGUCACAGGCUGGGAGAAGGAUCACAAUAUCCAGCCACCUUCUGCCAUGAGGUACAGCUGACUGCUGGAAAGCAUGAGCAUUCUGCUCUAUUCUGAAGGACAUGAGCUGGAACUAACAUAAUUUACAAAACCUAACCCAUGCAGUUCUGUUUAGAAUCAUAGAAUCAUUAAGGUUGGAAGGGACCUUAAAGAUUAUCAAGUUCCAACCCCCCUGCCAUGAGCAGGGAACCACUAGACCAGGCUGCACAAAACCUCGUCCAACCUGGCCUUAAAACCUCCAGGGAUGGGGCAUCAACAACUUCCCUGGUCAACCCAUUCUGCUUAAGAACAGAAGGUUGGAUUAUAACAGACAUUAAGGCCAGAUCCAGAAAUAACAUUCUUUGGCAAUAUUGUUGAUUAUGGAAGGACCAAAGUCAUGAGGAGCUGUGGAGAAUAUGGUCAGGAGGGUCUUCCCAGACCUCCUAUGCAGACUGUAUCUUUUCUUGACUGGAAGCUUUGUAGUUCCUCCUGUCAUGCCAGCAUCACUCACAGGUAUUACAAUGUGUGUGGGGGUUUUUUGAGGUGAACUAGAUAAAUGAUAUGAAAUUAACUGGAAGGAGAAUUUAAUAUUACAAACACAGUGAAGUUUUUAUGGAGACCCUAAUGGUUUCUUUGUCAUCAAGCAGUAAUAAAGACUCCUGUAAACAGAAGGCACACUUUUAAAUAUAAGAUUGUUAUCAUCUUUUCCCUUUUCUUUUUAAAAUUAAAAAUCAGUUGCCACUCUUUCACAGAAUACUAAUAAGUCAGAGCUGUCUCAGUUCUGUGAUGUCAAUGAAGCACUAUCUGAAGCUUAUCAGCUUAUGCCAGUACUUGCAGCCAAAGAGGAAACUGGAUGGCUGCAGCACAAUGCAGCUGAUUUCAUUUAAUCCCAUCAGUGGAAAUGCUGCCUGUGCUCUUUCCAAUGGCAGUUUUGGGAGCUCUCCAUACCCAAAGCAGUCUAAAGAAUGUCAUUUACACUCCCAUUGGGUAAAUUUUUCCUGAUGGUACUUUGGUCACAUGGCUGUCAUCUGCAGAGAGGAUUAAAAAUAUAUAAAAUAAAAGACUAAAAGGGAUAGAAUGCUCUUGGCAGAAGCUGAGGCCUGUGUCCCUCAUUUUCUGGAAGUCAUAUUAUGAAAAAAAAGAGUCAUUUUGCUAAGUAGAAGCAGAGUUAUAUGGAGCUGUUUCUGUAUAAGGUUUCAGGUCUGUAACUGUGACUGUGUCACUGAUACCUCCAGAGAGAGUAACUGGAGCUGAGGACUGACACAUCCAGGAAAGAGUAUGCAGUGUGUCAGGGCUGAGACUGGUAGAAAAUACCUACCUAGCUGUUACCCUAUACAGAAAAACUUGGACAAUAAAUAUAAUGAAGCUGACAUUCUUUUACUUCACUGUGCUGUAAUGACCAAGAUGAAAAUAUUAGAAAGUACCAAAGCAGAAAGACUGAUGUUGUAAUGGGGCAUGUGACCAGCACUGUGUAAGAGACAAGUUCUGGGAUGAAAGGAAGGCAGUAGCUUGGUAUGACCCAAAGGCACAGACAGAAAUCAGGGUGAAAAGGAGCAAACGUUUUCUGGGAUGAAUGAAAAUGUGUCUAAAGCUUUCUGAAUUUGAGUCUGCUAUCUCCUAGCUAUCAAAAAGCUGAUACUUAACUGCAGCCAGGCUUCAGACUCCUGUCUCAGUUUGGAAGAUGACUGUGUGCUCACUCUUUGGUGUGGUGCAGUAGAGAGAGAAACCUCCAUGAUAUUAGUAGCCUUUUGUGUUGUUUUACUAUAUAAUAUAUUGGAAUGUGUUAAAAGGAGUAGUAAUUGACAUGAGGUUUCAUUCUGUGGCUCUCCAUCUGAAUGCCAGCACCUGUAAAUCUGGGAAGGAAUAUGGAAUAAUGAAUGAAGAAAAUCAGGAACAAAUGGCAUUUUCCUUAAAAAGGAGCUGGGGACAUGAAAAAUAGAGGUAGUCCAAUAGAAACAUAUUCAGUUUUGGAAAAAUAAGUCCUCUGUAGAAAGUGCUGGUGACCUUGUGGGGGCGUCAAGGUCCUGAAUGAAAAUUAAACUCCACUGGAACCCGUGUAACCUAACAGCACACUUUCCAUUCUACUGGUGUAGGAUAAUGUUGCCUACCUAAAACCAUUUGCAAUUCACAGUAGUGUUUUGUUAGAGACUGAGUGUGAGUGUAAAGGUCUGACUUUCGUGGGAUGUUAUCUCUCUUGAUCUCUUUUUACCCUGAAGUUGCCUAUGCCUGUAAAUCUUUGCUGAGGCAUCAGGACCUGAAAACUGUGUUGUUUUCUACAUAGCUGUAAAAAUAAUCUCAACACAGGCAACUCUUAAUAUAGUCAAAAUGGAAAAGGAUUAACCUUGGCACAUCAGAGCACUAUUAUUUUUUAUUAUCUUUAUUAAUAUUUAGAAUUUUGUAAGUUUUAUCUAAUUUAUUUGGGGAUCUUUUAAAAACUAAAACAAUUGUGAUGUAUUUUAUCUGAAUCAUUGAACUUUCAAAUAAAGUUCAAGUUUGUGAAUUAAUUGUUCAUGCAUUCCUGCUGCAGUUGCUUUAUUUGCAUUACUCCUCUGGCCUCUGCUUGUGCUCCUGUUGUUUUCACUUUGCACCUUGCUGACCUCUUACCUCUGGCUGUUUUCCUGAGCUGAUAGUAACAAGAUAACUCUGAAACAUGUAGGGUGUGUAAUUUCUUCUUUGGUACAGAUUCAAGGUUUUCCCGUCAGGAAUAGACAGUGUUCUUGACCACAGCCUAGUGAAAUUGAAAGACUCGGGCUUUUGCUUUCAGUCCUGGCUUCUGGUGCUUUACUCAGAGAAGAAACCCUGUCAAGUGGUUCUGUAACUCAAAACUGUGCUGUUGCCUCAAGCAUAGGUAUGUUUGUGCAGGGGACAUCAAGUUUCAUUUCUGCCUUUUCAGCUAUUGUUGUGCCUCUUGCUUGUUGGUUGCAACAGUCAAACUGACCAGCUACCAAACCAGUGAAAUUCAAAGAAGAGUUUCAAAAGAUUAAUUGUGGUGACUGUUCAUGCCUGAAUACAGAUUGAUGGAUACUUCUCAGAAACCUGUUGUAGCAGGGUUGCUGAAAACCAGUACUUGCAGUCACUGUGGCUACAGUGCAACCCCUCUGCUAGGGUUUGGUUAUGCUGAAGACACAUAGAGGACUGGGUGAAACUGGUCUGCUGUCAGCUGGGGGAAGAACAGGAGUUUGCAGGGCUCCAAAGACUGUCCAGUUUACUUAUAGUCUAUCUCCUUGCCCUGGUUAUUGCUGCUGUUUGUGAAGCUCUGGUGUGAGGAACUAGGAUGUAUGCAUUCCUUCCCAGGUGCCCUGAGAAGAGCUUUCAGGUACUCCCAUGCAAACAAGCCUUACACUGCUCUGUAAAGAUAGAAGACCCUGCUACCUGCUGUGAAGACAUGGGAAUCCUGUAGUCAUCUUCCUGUCAAGCACAGUCCUUGUUGUAGGACUAAACCAGCUGUAAGAGAACAAGACUGAAAUGAUCUGUGUUUGAUGAAUAUAUUAUCUAAGCUUCACUUUUUUUUUUUUUUUGCUCUUUCCUCUGCUCUGCUGCCGCAUGCUCUGCAUUUCGUAGCAGAAACUUCAAUUUUAAAUCUUAAAGCCUGGAGGUCAGCCAUGCAGCAUGAAUGGAAAAGUUUUUACAUGAUUUCUUGGAGCAGACUAUUCCUGAAUUCAGCUGAAAGCAAUUAAGUUUUCACCCUAGUUGUAUUAAACCAUACUUUGGCUGCAUCUGAAGUCAGAAUGCCCUUGACUCUUGCAAGCUUUGCAGCAUCUGUUUAUGGUAGGUUAGUCAGCUAACUAAUUGCUUUCCCCAUGUGAAUCUCUAAGGGGGAAAAAAAAAAAUUAAAAAUUAAUUCAUUCUGUGGGCAUCAUUAAGACCUGCAAAGAGAAAAAUAUCCAUGUUAGACUCUAGGUUAUUAGGAGAGGGUUUUCAGGCAUGGCUGGUGGUCUGGUGCUGCGUUGGUUCCUCUGAUGUUUCAUCCUAACUUUUGCUGAUGUUCUUUGGCUUGUGGAGACAGCACUGACAGCAAUUUCUGAAUGCCUGCCCUGUUCUGAGAUGUGUGUAAGGCAUGUUGCCUUUGCUUAUAUGUGGCCUUUAGCACUCAUUCUGUCAAAGGAAUAGCCUUGAACAGUGAGUGUUGCUACAUUCUUACUAACUCUGUUAACUACUCUGUUGCAGUCUCCUGAUUAGGUUGUACACUGCUCCUCUUGCCCCUUCCACUGUCUGGCUGUCCUAAUCACCCUUUGCAAAUGUGGGAGCAUAUGUAUUCAUACAUCUUUUCAGGUCCCCAGAAAAGUGUUCAUGUUGUUCCCCUCACUGGAGCUGUUGCUCAGACUGUGACAGCUCCAUAGCUAUUGGACAGGGUUUUUGCCAGGAUGCCUCAAAGACACACAAAGCAUUGGGUACCACAUCUGUCCCCUGUUCUUGGUAGUGUGACCAGAUGUGCCAUAAAAUCUUGAUGCUCAAAAUGGUUUGGGAAGAAGCAGGAGGGACAUUGUGCCCCUUGUGUGUCUUGCCUCCCUUGCUGUCAACAAAGUACCACCACCCUUAGACCUCGCUGCUCUGACCCUCCUCAGUCCAUCAGCUCUGCAGCAACGAGGCACUGCUUCAGUAAUGUAGCACAGCUGCUGAGACUUAUGAUACGAAUUUAGAACUGAAAUACUGUAAAAUCCAUAAUUUUAUUACAGUGCUGCUGUAAAAAGAAAAAAAAAAAUGCCUAUGUUUAAAUGCCCUUUGGAAAUCUGCAUGGAAAAUUAGAAUAGCUUUUGAUAAACAGGGGAUUGACCAUGAAUGCCUGUAGUACAAGUUACAACAUUCUGCAAACAUUAUUUAGCAUUGUCAUUGUCUAGUAAUAAUCCUUAUUUGCAUCUUACACAAAUUGUGGCUGAACCUUCUAUUUAUCUAACCUGGAACUUUUUCCUCAACAGGCUCUCUGUAAUUUACACACAGAACUGACAAUUUUCUUCCUCGUCUUGGCAGAUAUUUGAUAGUCACAUGUUGCAUUUAUAUGCUAGUAAACCUUCGUUAUUAUGCAAAACGUGGUAGAAUGUUAUGAAGAAAUACCUUAAAUAAUUAAACAGAAACUGUGAGUGACAAAACAAACAAACAAA